GGCCCGCGGGGCGGCGCGUGGAUGGAUCCGCGCGUGGCCUGGAUCCAGCCCGAGCAGAAGGGGCCGGCCAAUGCCCUGUGGAUGCAGAUCUGGGAGACCUCGCAGGGCGUGGGACGCGGCGGCUCGGGCUUCGCGUCCUACUUUUGCCUCAACUCGCCCGCACUGGACACGGCAGCCGCGGCGGGGACGGCCGGGCUGGGUGGCGGCGGCCUGGCAGGGCCCGCGCUGCCCGCCGCGUCGCCCCCGCCGCCCGCGCCCGGCCCCGCCGCGCUGCCCCCCGCACUGCUGACGGCGCUCGGGCCCGCGGCUGAGGGCGCCUGGCGCCUGCACAAGUCGCCGUCUCUGUCGUCGUCGUCGUCGUCCUCGUCCAACGCCGAGUGGGGCACGGAGAGCCCCGGCUGCCCCUCGUCGUCCUCCAGCAGCGCCUCGCUCGGCCGGGCGGGAGGAGGCCGCGGCGGCGCCUUCUUCCACUUCGCCGACGGUCCUUCGAGCGGCCCCGGCGCGGCCAACGGGCACCCCGGGCCGCGCGGCCCCGCGCCCGCCGGCUCCCCGCCGCAGCACCAGUUCCACCCGGGCCGCCGGAAACGCGAGAACAAGGCCAGCGCGUACGGCCUCAACUAUCUGCUGUCCGGCAGCCGCGCGGCCGCGCUGAGCGGAGGUGGCGGCCCUGGGCCCCAGGCGCCGCAGCCCGGCACGCCGUGGAAGAGCCGCGCGUACAGCCCGGGUAUCCAAGGACUUCAUGAGGAAAUAAUUGACUUUUAUAACUUCAUGUCCCCUUGUCCUGAAGAAGCAGCCAUGAGAAGAGAGGUGGUGAAAAGGUUCGAAACUGUGGUAAAAGAUAUUUGGCCGAUGGCUGAUGUGCAGAUAUUUGGCAGCUUCAGCACGGGCCUCUAUCGUCCCACCAGCGACAUCGACUUAGUGGUCUUUGGAAAAUGGGAGCGCCCUCCGCUGCAGCUGUUGGAGCAGGCCCUGCGGAAACACAGCGUGGCCGAGCCGGGCUCCAUCAAGGUCCUCGACAAGCCGACGGUACCGAUAAUAAAACUCACAGACCAGGAGACUGAAGUUAAAGUCGACAUCAGAUUUAACAUGGAGACUGGGGUCCGGGCAGCAGAGUUCAUCAAGAAUUACAUGAAGAAAUAUUCAUUGCUGCCUUACUUGAUUUUAGUACUGAAACAGUUUCUCCUGCAGAGGAACCUGAAUGAAGUUUUUACAGGUGGAAUUAGCUCGUACAGCCUAAUUUUAAUGGCCAUCAGCUUUCUACAGUUGCAUCCAAGAAUUGAUGCCCGGAGAGCUGAUGAAAACCUUGGAAUGCUUCUUGUAGAAUUUUUUGAACUCUACGGUAGAAAUUUUAAUUACUUGAAAACUGGUAUUAGAAUAAAAGAAGGAGGUGCCUAUAUCGCCAAAGAGGAGAUCAUGAAAGCCAUGACCAGCGGGUACAGGCCAUCGAUGCUGUGCAUUGAGGACCCCCUGCUGCCUGGGAACGAAGUGGGCCGGAGCUCCUACGGGGCCAUGCAAGUGAAGCAGGUAUUCGACUACGCCUACAUCGUUCUCAGCCACGCCGUGUCGCCGCUCGCCAGGUCCUAUCCCAACAGAGAUUCCGAAAGCACCUUAGGGAGGAUCAUCAAGGUGACCCAGGAGGUGAUCGACUACCGGGCGUGGAUCAAGGAGAAGUGGGGCAGCCGGGCCCACGCGGCGCCAGACCCCGACGACAGGAUUAAGACCACUGAGCGGAUGGGCGCGUGCGAGGGGGAGCAGCCUCCGCGCCGGGACCCCGAGUCGCCCUGUGGCCCGCGCCUGGCCCUGUCCCUGCCCAGCCCCCAGCUGCUGUCCUCCGGCUCGUCCGCCUCCUCCGUGUCCUCGCUCUCCAGAAGCGACAUCGAUUCGGACACGCCCCCCUGCCCGACGCCCAGCGUGCGCCAGUUCAGCCUCCAGGCGCCUGCCCCUCUGCCAGCCAGCCUGCCCGCCGUCCUGCCCGUGCCGAGUGGCAGACCUCAGCCCGCCACGCCCAGGACGCUGGUCAUGGCAACUAAUACCCAGACCAGGUUUACUAUACCUCCACCAACGCUCGGGGUGGCCCCCGUGCCCUGUAGACCAGCUGACAUCGAAGGAGCUCCGGCGCUGAAAGCUGUCCACCAUGUGUCUUCCCCGGCCGUCCCGUCUGCUCCCCCCAACGCACUCUCCAGCCCUCACCUGUAUCACAAGCACAGCGGCAUGAAACUGUCCAUGAAGGGCUCCCACAGCCACGGCCAAGGCGGCAGCUACAGCACGGUGGGCAGCGGAGGGAUGCGGCCCCCCGUGGGCAACCGGGGGCACCACCAGUACAACCGCGCCAGCUGGAGGAGGAGAAAACACACACACACGAGGGACAGCCUGCCCGUCAGUCUCAGCAGAUAA